AUGGACAAAAUGAAAGGCCUCGCCAAGGGCGGAUGGCAUCCUAAGGGUGAUGUUUCGAUCAAGAAAGACACCUGGAAGUCAGAUCUGAAAGGAAUAGCGACAGGCAAGAAGAAGGACCCUUACGAGGGGGGACGAAAUCAUCAAUCUGCUCCGUUAUCAAGCCUCCGCGAUCCCGACGCAUUUGGCCCGCCGCCGAAGACACGGAGCAUGGGCGCAGGCGGUGCAAUCAGUCGUACAGGCACUGCUUCAGCAGCAUCUACAGGACCUACCGGUGGACUAGGUGGGCCUGCUGUGGAGAGUGGUUAUGCACAGCGGAAACGCAUGGAAGAAGAGGAAGCACGGCAACAAGCAGAAUUGGAAGCAGAAAGAGCAGCGCAGGCACGGCGUGAAGAGGGCUACAGAAGGGAUACCACAGGCCUGAGCACCGCACAUCUUCCCGCGCCGCCUGUACGCAGAGGGACACCUGGAAGUGGUACAGCUAGUCCCGCUCUGCCACCGCGAGUGCCGCCGAGGCAGAAUCAAGCGCCUACUCCAGGUCUUCCACCAAGGCAGAAUGAAUACCCCGAUGAGUAUACUCCUGCUCCGCCGCCGAGCUAUGGUGAAGCUUUGAAACAGCCGCAAGCUCCCACCCCUCAGGCUCUACCGCCUCGGACCCUUCCUCCACUCAAUGCGACCAGCACAAAUCAGGGUGCAGCAACGAGACUUGGACAGGCCGGAGUUUCUGUACCCGGCUUCGGCACAAGCGGCGGAGGCGACGGCGUGAACAUAUCAUCGCCACGAAGAGCGUACGACCGGGAGCAAGCUUCGGGGCAAUUGAACGAGCUUCAGCAACGAUUUGCCAAGCUUAAUGCAAGUACGGAUGAGCGAGGUAACCCAAUCACGCCAGCAGGAUCUGCAGGCCUUGCUUCUGCAGCUGGCAAGAAAGCUCCUCCGCCUCCUCCACCGAAAAAGUCUAACAUUGUUCCAUAUGCAGGCUUCGGACAGUCGGGUGCUUCGGGUUCCACAAGCAAUGAAGCGCCAACACCGCCGCCCUUACCGUUGGGUAGCAAGCCGAAGCCAUUUUGA